GACGUACUCCAUAAAGUUAUUCGAUUUCAACAUGGCAAAAUACGGCCGGCAAAGCGUUCCAGAGUUAAGUUUUCAUAAUCCAGCAGGAAUGAUUCUGUAUCCUAGAGGUUUACAGACAUAUGCUAUGGGGAAUACGAGGGCCAGAGACGUAACAGAACUACUGGGGACCUCGAGAGGACAACAUCUAGAUUUGCUGCUGCUAGGUUCUGGCGAUAUAAGGAAUUUUUUGUUUACUUUAUCCGAGCUAUCUAUACGGAAACCUCAUGAGAGUCCAAAAAGUUUAAGUUUCCAUAUAAACGACUACGAUCCAUCGGUGAUUGCUCGCAAUGCUGUCCUCAUACAAGUCGCUAGUGAAAUAAAUCCGGAUAUCCCAGCGGAUGUAGACUUCUUGUGGAAUAUCUGGUAUAAUCUGGCUCUUUCCCACGACAACUUUUAUCGACUGCAACAAGUACUAUGUGGAUUAAUCGAAAAAAAAUUUGACAGCGCAGAGAGCAUAUUGAAGUUCGAAGACAUCGCUAUUCUCCGGGAAUGUUGUGCUAUUUGGAAGGAUUGGAUGGCUCUUGAUCUUGACGUGAGUAAAGUUAAAGGCGAUAGAAACAGACUGAUUAAAAGUAAAAUGCAAGAACUCAAAUUUGACGUGGAUGAUCAAUGUGACGGUGUACUAUCAGAGAUGAUGAUGGGACUUAGCCAAGAAGCAGACAUACAAUUUUUAAAGCCAACCCAUGCGAAUCCAUUCUUUACGGAAAUAAAGCACUGGUUUUGCGAAGGUUCCACUUCGUAUGAAUUCGAAAGGACAAAUCCAACCUUGAUUCGUCCAUUUAAUCAUGAAUGGAGAUUACAUUAUAAUUCUUGUGUGUUUGAAAGUUACUUGCCAAUCGAAGGGGACCAGCUCUUACGAUGUAAAUCUCUGACAGCAGCUUGCAAAGAAAAUUUAAAAUUGAUGCUGAAAGGUUUCCAGCGGCAAAGGGAGAAUAAUCAAGCAACUUUGAAGGUUACUCUGUGGACAGGCGAUGCACUUGCUUUGUGUACGAGUGGCUUUCCUCCAAAGAUGUUAUUUGACGUUAUUGAUACCAGUAAUGUCUCUGAUCACAUUGGUUUGCUGAAUGUUCUUGUUAGCUGCGCCCCGAGAUUGAAAAAACCAAACAGAUCUCUCAUGUUUACAUCAAGCAUGCUGUGGGGCGGAGGUUGUGAAAGUGUGGAGGAGUAUUACAACAAAUGUGUGGGUGUUCCUUUCCAACUUCUUCCCACUGUUCUGGGCUUAAAACUAGCUGUCGACAUUGAAUUAGGAAGCAGAAAACUUCCGGACAGAAUGGAAACUUCAGAGGAGAUUCUUUGCUGGGUGAAGGCAGACAUUAAGAGGACUCUGUUGACAAUAGACAAAGCCAGUGACAUUGUUGAAGGCCUUUUUCGGCUCGCUGAACGGUGCUAUGAUUUGCUGAAUGAACAAACAAAACCACUGGUAGAUGGACAGCACUUCCUUGCGAGUCAGGUGUAUGGCGUAACCUUGUCGUCACCUCUUACACUCCUUCGAAUUAUUCAUCAGAUACAACCAGUUGUUAAAGGAGGAGCCGACCGAAUAUUUGAACUUAUCGAAACUCUUCUGCCACCUGAUUUCCACCAAAAGCAUGGUCUGUCUUGGAAUUUUCUCAAAGCAUCGCUUGGGAAUGAACGAGGGCCUGUAGUUGAAAUAAAGGUUAACUGUAACAUAACGGUAGCCUCUUGGUACAAGGGAACACCAAUUCCGAUGAUUUGCUUUCUGAAAUCAAGCCUGAUUCAUCAGGCUAAGGCACAGAUGCUCUCUGGUCAGGCAAUAUGCACUGAAACGACGUUUCCAUCAAUUUAUAACAGCUUACGUUACGAUGACCAAGCCAACAUUGUGACUUUCCAUAUUAGUGAGGAGGACUGGCACGAGUUGGAGUCAAAUGCGUUCAUGUGGAUAACCUCGAGUGACAUGAACCCUGUCAUAAAUCGUGACCUAUUGUUUCUCGGAGGGGAAACCAUUGAAAGAAACCAACGCGUUGAUCCGGUCGAGAUAUUUGGCUUAUUUUCAGUGCAGGCUUUUACUGUGAUCGAAACAAAUGCGAACUGCCAAGUACUGAAGAUCCACAAAGUCGAGGAGAGUAAGUUCUCAUACUAUGCAGAACUUGACAUACUGGAAUUAGAACAAUGCAAAGUCAGCACAAUGAAGAUUAGCUUUUCUCCACCUAAAUGUCCGGUUGAACUCCAAAUACACUUCGAAGGAGCUACAGGAGAUCCGCUGCAGAUAUACUUUUCAUGUUCUGUGAAUGAGAACUUGGCCAAGUUUCAGAUUUCACGCAAGCGCAAAAAAGUUCUUUGUCACAUUCCUAAAAGAGAAGAUGGAACAGUGGGAGAACUUGUGAUACAGAACGUGGCUCCAGUUCCCUUUCAUACCAUGAUAUUAUGGGAUGGCAAACAGCAUGACAAAAAAAUGUUCAGAAAAAUGUUUCGCACAAAACUUGAUGUUGAGCUGAAGUCUCAAGUAAAAAGUGGUUCGCCGUUUUUUAACCUCAGGGAAUCCAUAACCAUGAUCUUGAGCAAACAUUCAGACGAACCUAGGACGCCAUUAGUGCAUGUUGUUGAUGAGCUUGGAAUCAUUGAGAAGCCUUACCAAACACAGGAAAACAUGUUAAAGAAAAAGGGCUUUGUUAUCAAAGUACAGGAAAUGUACAAAUGGAAGUUUCUUCCCGUUGCGAAAGUUGCAUUCUGUGAUUGUCAAAGGUUGGCUGACAAGCUUCAAAGUGAUCCAACAGACAACCAUCCAAUGGCGAAUUUCUUUUCCAACACCUGGUUACACUUGGUGCAUAGAAUCUUGGCUGACGGUGAGGAGAAGACCCUAUUUCAUAAAAUGCUCUACACAAAUGCCACAAGAGUAGAUCAGGAUAAUGCAUCUAGUGUUUGGAAGAAUUCCUUUAUUACUCUUUUAUUCCCUAGACAAAGAACUCUUGACUUGUUUGCUGGAUUGUUAAAAGGACAAAUGAAAGACCUUUUUAACCCGUGUUCGUUUCCUAAUCAAGCAAGACAGCCCGAAGAGCACUCCACCCGAGACAGUUUCCCUGCAUUCUUAGCGGACUUUGCACGCCAAAUGGCUCAUUUUAACACGGGGCCAAGAGAUCAUACAUCAGGUUCUGACCCCUCAGAAAGGGGACCUCCUCUAAAGGAGGCAGAAUGUGCCUUCUGCCAUUCAAAGGAAGGCACUCUAAAGCGAUGUCUUGGCUGCAAAAGGAUCGUCUACUGCAGUAAAACUUGCCAGAAAAACCAUUGGAGGGAACAUAAACCAGACUGCCAAAGUAUUUCUUAGAUCAUCAAACUGACAAGUUGUACCCCUCUUCGGUUCCUUUUCAAAGCCCAAAACUAUCAUCAUUAGCCACGAAAGUUACCAAAAUUAAUUAAAAAUCGAUAAAGGCUAACAAAACAAAGCAAAACAAUGAAUAAAUAGGAGGUAAAAGAUAACCAAGUUCAAAAUGCCGAUCGAAAAAUUCCUAUCAUCAUCCCGUUGCCUAAUGACACACACACACCCGACUUUUGCGGACAAAAUUUUAUAUGGUCAUUCUGAGUGUUAACUCAAUUUUCUGAAAUUCUAUUUGAUACUUUAAAAACACUCUUUUUCGACGCAUCUGCAAAAGAACCGAGACAUUUUUUCGAUCUUACAAGGAUAAAAGUCGAUAUCCUUAUUCUUAUCCCCUUUACUGGAGCCGACUUCUGUGGAUAGCACAGCGUUGGCUGCAUGAUUGCCUCUUCGAGAGUAGAACUAACCUUCGCUUCGUAAAACCAAAUGUAACGUUAUCUCCAAUCAGAGUGAACGGAGUCCACUAGCAAACUAUGGUUAAGCCGAUAUUCCUCAGCCAUUUCAUGGCCGGGUGGAGACAUACAUUGUCACUAAAUCCGUCAACAAGGUGUCUCUAUAAACGCCUCAUGAACUGCUCUGUUGCUUCGUUUUCAAUUACCCACAGUGUCACCAACACUGAUCGUGCACCAGAUGCCUAGAACGCUCUAGUAAUUCCGAUGACUCCUUCGACUUUGAUCUCUCUACGCCGCUGUGACAAUAGUUGGGUAGCACCAAUUUAGCUCUUACUUUAACUUCUGAAAUAUCAGAGAUCAUCAAAAGGUAGCCUUCUUCAUCUGGAGCACUUUUAACAGUAGGACAAGGCAAAAGGGCGAUCUCUCCUGUGUCGGCGUUAACAUGUGCAACGACAUGAAUCAGACUCACUGGAUAAAUCGCCGCUAUGACAUUGGCUGAGUAGCACCAGUUUAGCUCGUACUUUAACUUCUGAAAUGUCAGAGAUCCUCAAAAGGUAGCCUUCUUCAUCUGAAGCACUUUUAACAGUAGGACAAGGCAAAAGGGCGAUCUCUCCUGUGUCGGCGUUAACGUGUGCAACGACACGAAUAAGACUCACUGGAUAGAUCGCCUGAAGUACCCCCUCUCUGGUGGCACGCUCUCCUAGCAAAGGUUAAACACCCAGCAGUUGUCCGAUCGUCUCUGCUUCCUUUCUUGCACCGAGAAAUUCUGUGAAGUUCGCGAUUUUUCCCUUGUAACGCGCCUUGCCUACCUCAGGAUCACCCACAAACAGUGCAUCAGUCUGACUUUGAUAGUCCGCUUGACAGUCUUAAGCCAAGCCAAACUCAGGUCUCGUGCUAACCAUACUUUCCGCUUUUGCCCUUUUGC